GGAAAGGAGUUGCUGGUCUGCUGCCCUCGUGGGAAGAUUCCAGAUCCAUCAAUUAACAAAGUCCUCAGUACUACUUUAUAAACUGUACAACUUGCAUACAGCGUACGUGAUCAGCCAAGACUAAACUAAUACCAUGGACGGGAAAUCCGGUGUGUUCUCAUGGAAUCUCAAGGAGGUAACCAGAUCACAUCGCCAGCUAAUUAGCAUAAUAAAGAUACUAGACCUGUAAGCAGGGUCCUGAUGAAUACUCGGUGCCACUAAGCAGCCUAGCAGCUUAGCAGUUGGCAUUCAGUACCAAUAAGCAUCCCUUGCAAGUUAGUGGCCACAUCGGAACAGGGUGGCCACAUCUCAAUACUAUUUUGCGCAAGGUACCCCCAAACUGUUGAUGAGAUGCAAGAACACGUUGCUUCUGUAGGCACUGCUCUUUGACUUCCAACCAUUCUUCUGGAUCUGCAUCCAUUGGUUUCCAACCUGCAUCCGUUCUCCCUCGUAACUGCUAAGCUUUCGUGAUCGGUGUGAUAAUCCUGUCUGUUUGUUAGCCUGCGUAGCAAGGUUCUAUUGGGAUGGAACAAUAUGUAUGAAUAUACCCCUCCCUCCUUCAGCACUCUAAUCAGCAUACCUUUAGUCAGUGAGGCUUUCUUUUGUUGACUGGCUGUUACCUAUUCUGUGCACCAGCCUAUUCCAGCAGUUACUUUUGACCCCCUGGGCUAGGUCCAUCGUGAUUUUAAAGUGGCAAUGGGUUAAUCAGGAUCUAAAGUGGCGAUGGGUUGAUCAAUGGAGCAACCUGCUUCUGCCAGAUGAUUGCUAUUGACUCUUGUCAUCCAAUGUUUAUUUCGUUUUGAAAGAUUCGUUCCUGAGCCAACAAAUUCGUCAUAAUUUGAAGAAAGCUACUUGAUAGAUCUCCCUCAUCAAGUUCUGUUGGUCUGAUGGCAGCUGUAUUAGAUCCUUUGGUUGGAUCAUGCAUCAGAAAGUUGCAAGAAAUCAUUGUGGAGAAUGCCGUACUAAUUCUCGGUGUAAAAGAAGAGCUCGAAGAAUUGCAGGGAACAAUAAAACAAAUACAAUGCUUCCUUUAUGAUGCCGAGCAAAGGAUGAUACAUGAGUCAGCAGUUCAAAAUUGGAUCAGUGAGCUAAGAGAUGCUAUGUAUGAUGCUGAUGAUAUUGUUGACUCGGCCAGAUUUGAAGGAAGCAAGCUACUAAGAGAUCACACAUCAUCAUCUAGAAAAUCAAAUCCAUGUUGGGACAUUUCGUUUUUAUCUUGCUUUCCUGGAAUUCAGAGGCGUCAUGAAAUUGCUGUUAAGAUCAGAGACCUCAACAAAAGAAUUGAGAAGCUCUCAAAGCAUGGAAACAGUUUUCUACAUCCCGGUAUAGCACCUUCUGGCCAAGGCUCAACAUCCAAACAGAGAUUAAGUUCCAAGAUUGUACAACCCAACCUUGUGGGAAAGGAGAUUGUACAUUCUAGCAGAAAACUGGUGGAUUUGGUGCUUGCCCAGAAGGGAUAUAAGAAUUAUAAGCUCGCUAUUGUUGGUACCGGAGGGGUUGGAAAGACAACGCUAGCCCAGAAAAUAUACAAUGAUCAAAAAAUAAAAGGAAACUUCAACAAACACGCAUGGGUUUGUGUUUCUCAAGAGUGCAAUGAAGUUAAUCUUCUAAAAGAGAUUCUCAGAAAUAUCGGGGUGCAUCAAGAGCAAGGUGAGUCCAUAGCAGAGCUCCAGAACAAGAUUGCAGAAACAAUUGAUGGCAAGAGCUUCUUUCUUGUUCUAGAUGAUGUGUGGAAAUCUAAUGUAUGGACCGAUCUACUAAAGAUUCCAUUGUGUAGUGCAAAUACAGCAGUGAUUUUAGUAACCACACGAGAUGUUAGAAUUGCAAUGAAUAUCCAUACAGAGCAUACCCAUAAAGUUGAUCUAAUGUCAGAAGAGGUGGGAUGGGAGCUACUUUGGAAGAGCAUGGAUAUUGUUGCAGAGAAAGAAGUACACAAUCUGACAAGCACUGGAAUCGAGAUUGUUCGUAAAUGUGGCUAUCUCCCACUUGCCAUCAAGGUCAUUGCGAGUGUUUUGGCAAGUAAAAAUCAAACAGAAAAUGAGUGGCAAAAUAUUUUGAGAUUAAUUGGUGCUUGGUCAGAGAGCAAACUUCCUGAUGAUAUAGAAGGAGCUUUAUAUCUGAGCUACAAUGAGUUACCACAUCAUGUGAGGCAGUGCUUCCUUUAUUGUGCAUUGUAUCCUGAAGAUGCUGUAAUUUUCCGUGAUGAUCUUAUCAGAUUAUGGGUUGCUGAGGGCUUUGUAGAGGAACAACGAGGGCAACUACUAGAAGAUACAGCAGAAGAGUACUACUAUGAGUUAAUCCAUCGGAAUCUUCUCGAACCAGAUGAAACAUCUUUUGACCAUGCGAAAUGCAAAGUGCAUGACGUCUUAAGGCAUCUAGCUUGUCAUUUAUCAAGAGAAGAAUGUUUUGUUGGCGACCCGGAAUCAUUAAUGGUUAGCAGUAUGUCAAAAAUGCGACGCCUUACUGCUAUCCCCAAGAAGGAUUUAUUAGUGUUACCUAGCAUGGAUAAUGGAGAAUUUAAGGUGAGGACCUUCCAGACUGACCGCCAGCCAUGGAGAGUUGACAAUACAGUUUUCAUGAAAUUUCCGUAUCUUCGUGUUUUGGAUCUGAGUGACUCACUGGUACAACACAUUCCAGAUUGUGUUGGAAGUUUGAUCCAUCUACGACUACUUGAUCUCGAUGGUACAGAAAUAUCUUGUCUUCCGGAGUCCAUCGGUUGCCUCAUAAAUCUUCAGAUAUUGAACUUGCAAAGGUGUAAAGCUCUGCACUGUCUUCCUUUAGCAAUUACACGAUUGUGCAAUUUAAGGCGCCUUGGUCUGGAUGAUACACCAGUAAAUCAGGUUCCAGAAGGAAUAGGCAGAUUGAAAUUCAUCAACGAUUUAGAAGGAUUUCCUGUUGGUGCUGGAGGUGAUAAUGGUAAAACACAAGAUGGAUGGAAGUUGGAGGAGUUGGCACAUCUCUCACAGCUAAGGCAGCUUGAUAUGAUUAAAUUGGAAAGGGCUACUCCUUACAGUACAGAUUCAUUGCUGACAGAGAAAAAACAUCUCAAAGUUUUGAAUCUGUUCUGUACAGAACGUACAAAUGAACCAUAUUCAGAGGAAGAUGUUAGCAACAUUGAGAAGAUCUUUCAGCAGCUAAUCCCUCCACAGAACCUGGAAGAUCUAUGUAUCAGUAGAUUCUUUGGCCGGAGGUAUCCCACAUGGCUUGGUACCACCCAGGUGUCUUCAGUUAUGUACUUACAACUCAUAGAUUGCAAUUCAUGUGUGCAUCUUCCACCAAUCGGGCAGCUGCCCAACCUCAGAUAUCUGAAAAUUGGGGGAGCAGUAGCAGUUACCAAGAUUGGACCCGAAUUCAUGGGAUGCAGGGGGGCUAAUCCCAGAUCCACGGAUGCGGUUGUUGCUUUCCCCAAGCUCGAAUCAUUGAUCAUCUCGGAUAUGCCCAACUGGGAGGAGUGGUCCUUUGUUGAAGAGGGAGAUGUAGAUGCAGCGGAAGAGGGAGAGGAUGGAUCUGCUGAGAUACAAAAGGGGGAAGCCCCGUCUCCAGGGAUGCAGUUGCUGCCACGAUUGAAGAGAUUGGAACUUAGGGGCUGCCCCAAGCUGGGAUCUCUCCCGCGACAGCUAGCACAGGAGGCCACCAGCUUGAAAGUGCUCGAUAUAAAAGGAGCAAGCUCCUUGAAGGUGGUGGAGGACCUCCCGUUCCUCUCUGAGUCGCUUCUAAUCCAGGGAUGCGACAGGCUGGAGAGGGUGUCGAACCUUUCUCAGGUGGGGAGGCUGCGGAUAAAUGAUUGCCCAAGCUUGAGGUGUGUUGAGGGGUUGGGUAAUUUGCAACAGCUGUGGCUGGACGAGGAUAUGAAAGAGCUAUCCUCGCUGUGGAUUCCACAGCUUCAACAGCAGCACAAACAACUUCACGGUGAAGACCUUGAUGUCUACGACUGGUAGUAAUGUCCAACUGCAUAUGGACUGAGAAGGCAUGAGGAAGUUAACUGCAAGGGCUUGGAAAUUGCAACCUGGUGAUUGAUCUAUGGGCGCACAAAUACUAUCAGAUUUAUCUUGUGUCAAAAAAAAGGAGGAAGGAGAAAAUCCAAAAAAAAAAUGGAAAAGAAAAUUCCAAAAAAAGAAAAGAAAAAAUCCAAAAAAAUUGAAAAAAAGAAAAAGAAAAAAUGCAGUUUUUAUCUACUUCAUUUGUAAUGUUUUUAAACCUAAAUUUGUAUGGACUUGUACUUUUUAUUUGGUAGGGUAGGUAACUCCGCCUAUAUCAUGAAAAGUGUAAUACUUAUGGGUAUAGCCGGUCCCAAGCCCGGAGAAAGGAGGAGGGAGCAGUAAGUAUGUCCUACCUUAGAAUUCUACCAGCACCUUCAGUUAUCUAGUUAUGAAUCCAAUUGCCUCAGGCUUGUGUUAUUAUUUGCUUGUUGAGACAUAUAUUUUAUUAUUUAUAUGAAAAUAUUGUCUAA